GAUUGAUUUCUGUCACGUGAGCGGCACCGUUCCUCGCGGGGUCGGUCGCUAAGGCAGUUGGUGGAAGUGUCGCUGGUUUACAGCGGGGCUCGCAGUGCACGUUGGGCAGGUUCUGCAGCAUAGCUGGAAAAAACAGUAAUUUACUGAAGCUCUUUAUUACCAACAUUGGACUGCACGUGCAGAUUAAAGUAUGGCAAUGGAGAUCAACUUUCUUAGAGAUCAAAAUCAGAGACUAAAUGCAGCACUCAGACAGCAUCAAGCAGAGAACCUUUUGAGGACUACCUCUGUGCAAAAAAAUGUUGUAAGGGGUGAUGACCCACUGGAACCGUGGCUGACUGACCAAAGCUUACAGUCCCCUCUAAUUGCUGAGUAUGAUAAACAUCUGGAGGAAAUGAGUGAACAGCUACAGUACUAUCAGACACAGAUGGGUGAGAUGAGACUAAAACUUCAAGAAGUCACCAAGGAAAAUGAAAGACUGCAUGAGGAAUUGAAAGAAGCUGUUGAGAAGCAGCUGGAGGCCCUUCCUUCUGGCACUCUCUUGGGGAGUGAUGUGUUUGCAGAUGAAGAAAUAGUAAGAAACCUUCAAGAUCAGUUACAACUAGCCAAUCAAGAAAAAGAGCAAGCACUAGAGCUCUGGCAGACAGUAUCACAGGAACUAGAUCAACUCCAGCAGCAGUACCAGGGGCACAUGACUGAAGCACAGAUUCAUGUGGUAGAAAGGCAAAAGCAAAAAGAUCAGUUGGCUGGCUUUCAACAACUGACUGAGCAACUUCGAUUAGCCAAUGAGAAAACAGAGUUGACUAACCAACAAUUUUUGAAAACAGUAACAGAACAGAAUAUGGAACUAGAACAGCUACGCAAACAACUGAGGCAAGCCAAAGUAGAUGUGAGAACAGCAACUGCUAAAGUUGAUGAAAUGACCAAGUUGUUAGUGGACCUUCAAGCCCAGAUGGAGAGAAAGGAAGAAGAUGUAGUAUCUGCUCAGGAGAGAGAGGAAGCAUCAGACAAACGCUUGCAGCAAUUGCAGUCUAGCAUAAAACAAUUGGAGACGAGAUUAUGUGUAGCUGUACAAGACGCUGAACAGUUGAGAACAGAGAGGACUGCUCUCGAAAAACAAACUAGAGAGCUACAGACAAAGUGUGCAGAUCUAGAAGAGGAAAAAUACGAUGCUAUAGUAAAAGUCCGAGACAGCAUGCAACUCUUAGAAGAAGCUAACCUACAAAAAAACCAGGCCCUGCUCGGAGAAAAGCAAAAAGAAGGGGAGAUAGAAAAUAUGAAAGAAGCAAUUUCUCAGCUUGUACAAGAUGCUGCUGCAAGAACUAGAAAGGAAGUAGAGAAUGCAAGGAAGCAUUACAAUAUACAGAUUUCUCGAUUAACAGAAGAACUUUCUGCUCUUCAAAUGGAAUGUGGAGACAAGCAGAGUCAAAUUGAACGGGCCAUUAGAGAGAAGCGAGCAGUGGAAGAAGAACUUGAGAAAAUUUACCGUGAAGGCAGAGGAAGUGAAUGUGAUUACAGAAAACUGGAGGAACUGCACCAAAGGUGUCUGAUUGCAGAGCGUACAAAAGAUGACCUUCAGCUGUGUCUACAGGCGGCACGAAACAAAAUUAAACAACUGGAAAUGAACUCUGAGGAAGAGAUAUCUCGUUGCCAGGAAAUGGUUUGCAAGCUGCAAAGCAUUCUGGAUUCUGAAAGAGAAAACUCUGGCUCUAUGAGUGAACAAAGACUAAAACUUCAUCAAGAAAAUGAACAGUUGCGCAAAGAAGCAGAGGACUUGAGGAAACUGGCCAUGGAGGCACAACAAAAAGCUAAAUUAAAGAUAAGCACAAUGGAACAUGAGCAUUCAGUGAAGGAGCAUGGGUUUGAGGUUCGACUGAAAGAGAUGGAAGUCACUAAUCGAAAUUCCACUGUUCAACUGAGACAUCUGUUGGUGGCUCAGCAAAAAGCAACGAACCGGUGGAAGGAAGAAACAAAGAAGCUUACAGAAACUACAGAAACCAGGCUCUGUAAUCUGAAAAAAAAAAAUUGUCCUUCACAUGAAUGAGGCACUGAUGGAUCCUGUAAGGGUCAUUCUGUGGACCCCCGUGGCUGCCCCUCCAGCUGGCGGAAGGUCUGACAGGAGGUGUGUACCAACAAAGGGUGUCGACUUUGCAUCCAGUGCCUAAUUUCUUGGUGAUAGACGCAGUCCAGUGAUGUGGCAUGCAACAACAGCCCUGAAACACAACUCAUGAUAAGGACUGGAAAAGACUUGAUCAGUUUUGGCAAUAAGUCUUACUCCUUGGCUACCCCUUACCUCUGCAUAGCCAACUAUCAUUACUAACAAAAUACAACUAUACAAACUACACAAAAAUGUCAGAAUUGAUUAAUUUUAUUGCCAAGGACAAGGGAGAACAAUUCACAGCACUUGAUUCUGAGGACAGGGCUGCAACAUCUGUGUCGACGGUGGUUGUAAUGAGAAGUUCAUGGCUCUAUCUUUCUGGCUUCCCUGAGGAGGUGCAUUUCACAGUGGAAGACUUGCUAGCGCAAAUUAUCCGCCAAAAAGACAGACAACUCACUCACAGACUCACGAGUGACUCUCCGAUCCUUGGGAACCUAUAACCCCAAACCGAAGAGGAAACAGAGGAAUUACUUUACAUCCCAAUGAUACCACCGGCCAAUGUAUUCACAACAACAGCGGUGAUUUGACUCACAGGCUUGCAGACACAGGCCCUGGGGGGACAACAAUCUACUUCUCAAGUUGCUGCAUCCCAACCAUCAACUUCCCCUAACAAGAACUCUGGUGGAUGGAGACCAAUGCUCGACCUCCAAUAAUUCAACAAGUUCAUCAGAAACACAACAAUUCAAGAUGGUCACACUAUACACUAUAAGUGACUGCCUGCUAAAAGCAUCAACCCAGCAGACAGCAUUGCAAGCCACUGAAGAAGUGGUAACCCUCUUCACGAAUCUGGCCUUCCUAAUAAAUACCAACCAGCCCACUCUAACAACACUGCAAGAGCUGGACUUCAUUGAGGCCCAACUCAACUCUAUCGAGGCUAUAGCCUCACUACCAAGACACGAGCCUCAUACCCACUGCGUGAAAUAGCCCACAGAUAUCUGCCAGGACUUGCCCCCAACUCCUUGACCACAUGGCAGCCACAACAUUUGCUGUCAGACACACCAGAUUAAACAUCCGUUGCCUACAAGCAAGGCUACGUAUCAACUUUGUUCCACACAGACACAGCAUAAACAAGCACCCCACGAUAUCGAACAAAAUAAAGGACCCCCUUCUCUGGUGGGCAAAACUGACCAACAUAUGCAGACCACAAAUGCCUCACUCCUGGGAUGCAGAGCACACCUGCACCCACAUUCUAUAUAGGGCUGCUGGUCCCCUGUGGAAUCCCUUCAACAUAUAGACCUAUUGGAACUUCAAGCUGUCCACAACGCUUGCUCCCAGUUCCUGCUACUCAUCAAGGACAAGGCUAUUUGAAGCCUUAGCUUGUACAUAUUAUAUAUGCAGACAUGGGGGAGCACACUCACAGUACCUCUGUGUGCAAGCCAUAAAACCCCGACAAUGGUGCAUCAGACACAAUAUCCACACCACCACAGCAGAUACCCUCAACGGACAAAUUUCUCAGGACCAUGACGGGAGCUCGACAACACAGUACUCCUGCGUGUAUUUCAACACGGGGGGUUCCCCUCGGUAGACCUUUUAUUAACUGCACAAAAUACCAAACACCCUCAUUUUUUUUCCGGUGCAGGUCUCGGUGUGCAGUCGGUAGGCGAUGCAUUCCUCCUCGAGUGGAACGCUUCCCUUCUCUAUGCCUUCCCUCCUAUUCCUCUCUUGAACCGAGUGAUCCACAAGAUCAGGCCGGAUGGGCCACAGUAAUUCUACUAUCAUGGUCUCGCCAAACCAUGGUAUCCUUGCCCCCUCAGCAUGACCGUGCAUUCAUGAAUUGCACUCCCACUUCUGUCUCAUCCGGUGUCCCAGGACUCAGGCUGUGUCCUGCAUCCACAGAAACUUCAUCUCAGAGCAUGGCUCCUCCAUGGUUCAUGGAACCUGAGCUUACCUGUUCAGAGGAGGUACAAAAUAUAGUUACACACAAAUAAACAGAAACAGAAAUGAACUGUCGCCCAUACACCCUGAAGGGGAGACGAGUAAGUCCUGGUGCCAACUAAAACGGAUGACUUCCAUUCCAGGGACAUUACCCUUUAUACUGCGUUACCUAUUAGAACUCAAACAGUCAGACCUAUCCAUGAGCUCAAUAAAGGUCCAUCUACCUACCAUCACAACAUUGAACUACGUGAGCCUACCACACCAUGGGACCCGAACCUGGUCCUUUGAAUCAUCACCUCUUCCCCAUGUGAACCCAUCACAGCUUCACUGUUCUAUGAAAGUAGCAUUUCUUGUGGCAAUGACAUCUGUCAGAUGUGUGGGAGCACUGUGGGCUUUCAUGGCGGAACCCCCAUACAUGGUCUUCUUUGAGGAUAAAGCCUCCCUCAGACCACACCCCUAAACCCCACACAGAACACAUUACACACUCCAUAAUUUUGAUGUUUGGAGGACAUUGGCUUCUUACAUAGACAGGACUAAACCAUCCCAUAAAUCACCCAGACUGUUUCUAUCCAUCACUGAAUGCUCCAAAAGGAGUACCAUCUCUAAACAAAGACUUUCCAUGUAGAUCCAUAAUCGCACAAAACUCUAUCAUCAGUGCAACUGCCAAUCCCUCACAGGGAUUCGCUCACAUCCCACUAAGCCUUAUCAGCCUCCCCGGCUUCCCUGCACAAUGUACCUAUCACGGACAUUUGUAGAGUUGCUGCCUGGGCCUUAGCCCAUACCUUUAGACAGCACUAUGCCUUAGAACAACAGGCAACAUCUGAUACCUCCUUUGGAUGCUCUCUACUGUUGGAGGUCACAACUUCAACUCCGAAGCCCCUCCUUCCGUCGGAGGGCACUGCUCUGAAGUCACCUAAAGUGGAGCACCCAAAGGGACAGCACUCGAAGAAGAAGAGAAGGUUACUCACCUUGUGCAGUAACUGAGGUUCUUCAAGAUGUGUGUCCCUGUGGGUGCUCCACUACCCUCCCUCCUCCCUUCUACUUCAGUUUCCUUAUUAGUCUCUGCAGUAGAGAAGGAACUGAGUGGGGGUUGGUCGCACAGCAUCGGAUAACUGCCUGCAGCAGCCCGAGACAGGGACCACGCAUGUGCGACCCAACCGGCACUGCUACUAAAAGUCUCCGACUAGGAGCGCAGGGGCGCAUGAACACCUAACGUGGAGCACCCUCAGGGACACACAUCUCGAAGAACUCAGUUACUGCACAAGGUGAGUAACCUCUUCUUUGAGUGAUGAUCCCUAUGUGUAUUCCAAAUACGGGCAUGUGUGCGUACCGUGCGCCUGAGUUCAGAGAUAUUUAGCAAACAGUGUCCAUUGGUCUGCACAUACAUGUGCUCUGAACUGAGGGUAUAACGGAAAGUGCACACCGGCACCUUUCUAGUUCCUUCUUCUACUUCAUGGCCUGAGUCAGAAUAUUCUGUGUCCACAGCUUCUUCCUUUGACUGCUUCCAUCUGUAAAUAUAUUGUAAAUAGUUUUAUUUUUUUACUCUUUUAGUCUUGAGUACUGGCAUAGUUCGUUAUUUUCCAUGGGAGGAUAGGCUUAUGCCUAGAGUCCUGGGAUUCAAGCAUUGCAUUUCCUGCCCCCUCUCCUUUUCAGUGAGUGACAAACACCAGUGCUGCCUUUAUUGUCUACCCAAGGCUCACAUCUCGGCUAAGUGCAGUAUUUGCCGCUCCUUCCCUCCCAGAACUUGAGGGUUGAGAGCUAAGACAUAAAAUAUUUGAUGGAGGAGGACAUGAGACCCCAAUCGGAUCUGGGCCAGGGAGUCCCCUGAUAUAUUGGCCUCAGUCAAAGGGUAGUGCCCCUCCGAGCAUGAGCUCAGAAGUCGAGACUAAGACUUGCAAACCUAAGGAGAAGAUUUCUCAUGAGAGUAAAGGGCACUCUCCCAAGCUCUUUUUCCAAAGCUGCCCCAAAGAAAAGAGAUUCUCCCUGACUUCUUCAAAGUUGGGAGAAACCUUCUCAGCAGGAAAAAGUGGUAAAAAGGCGCAUGGAUCUGUCAGCUCUGGUACCGGUUCCGACAUGCAAACCAAAAGAGACACAUCCACUGCCACUCCCUUUGACAUAGAGAUUACACUUUGGGCUAAUAUUGUCAUGGCCCCAGACAGAUCAGUCUUCCACUGUGACCAGGGAAGCACCAGAUCCAACAGCUCUACCAAUUGACCUACCUCAUACCCUGGGGCAAUCUGAGAACUACAGAUGACAUUUUUACUCUUCCCUAUCCUCCUUUCCCUUCCUCUCAUUUGUCUUUAUUCAAAGACAUAGUUACUCUGGAGGAGGAAGCUAUUCCAAGGCCAUGGAGCUGCUCUCCUCUCCCACCCGCAAGCCUCAGUACCCUACCGGAUCCGCCGGUAGUCGGGAUCCAGGUUUUUUAUCCAGUGAGUCAGUCUCUCCAGAAGAGCCUCUACCCUCUCAGAGAAAGAGCCCUAGACAAAAGCCCUAAGAGAUCAGAGUUCCAUCCUCUUACAAAAUAUAACUUU